AUGAUGCAUCCCGAUCUUGCCGCCCAGGCGCAGGCCGGGGCGGCGCAGCAGGCACAAGGCGUCGUCCCCGGCGCAUCGAUGCACGGCACGCAGCAACAGCAGCAGCAGCAGCCGUCUCAAAUACCCCACGGCGGCUACCAUGCUGCUCUGCAGCCGUCGCAUCAACCGUCGCAGCAGCAGCAGCAGCAGCAACAACAACACCACCAGCAGUACUAUCCGUCGGCAUCGUCGCAUGCCCCAGCCAAUACCGCCUCCCCAUCCUCCUCCUCCGUGUCCUCGGCCACCGUCGGCACGGCGCAGCCCGCGGCCGCGGCCAGCAGCCCGCCCGCCGCGCCGGUCGGCCGCCUCGGCCACGUCCUGCACACCAUGCAGCAGACGGGCUUCCACGCCUGGGGCUUCGUCAUCUACCGCGGGUGCGCGUACGCCGACGAAGCGGCCUGGCAGCGCUUCCUCAUGCACAUGCGGCAGGAGGUGCACAACGCGCUGGCCGCGACGCCGCGGCUCGGCGGCGGCGGCGGCGGCGGCGGCGUCGACACGUCGGGGCGGCAGCUCGCGCCGUACCUCGAGUGGACCGUCGUCGAGGACCCGAGCCUGGAGGGCGCGUCCAAGGACACGGUGCGACGGCACUUUGCCGCGUGGGCGGCGGCGCGCACACCCCAGCGCGACGGGCCCGGCGCCGACGGGCCCUUCAUCGAGUCGCACGUCCCGCGCUUCAUGUACUGCGUGUACAUUGACCAGCGCUGCCUGCGCACGCUCGCCGCCUUUGACGACUGGCUGCGCCUCGACCGCAACGGGCCCAUGCAGUACCUGGCGUGCACAAUCAUCGACAAGAACUGCCCGCCGCACGGCGAGGGCGACGCCGGCAUGAUGCCCGUCGACGGCUGCGAGCGCUACUACACCGGCUGGAUGUACGCGCACGUCGGGUCCCUGCCGGAGCUCUACAACACGCUCGGCCACCAGCGGCUCAUCUCGGGGCCCAACAACUAUGCGCGGCCGCCGCGGAUAUACCCAGGGCAUCUGUAUGGCGCGUCGGUGCCGCCGUGA